UCAUCCUGUUCACGUGAAGAUGAUUGAUUCUAGACGGCUAGGGUUGCCCUUGCUCCUCCCAGCCUUCCCUCUUCACCUAUUUCUAUGUACAUGAGCCGACGAGUUCCUGGUGAGAUACAUCGUCAAGGAAACGAAGCGCUCGGCGACCUACUCGAAGGCAAGGAUGCGGUGGAGGCCUGGGGAGCGCUCCUCGGUCGACGGGUACCUGCAGGAACAGGAGGUCGAGGAGUGCCUGCAGUGGCGGCACGACAAGGAGGCGCCUUCGUCCUGUACGUAAACUUCGGAAGAAUCGUAGUCAUACUCAGCGAACCGGUCGUACAGUUUCCUCUCCUCGGUGCAUGGAUUCAUCUCACGUCUCCAAGCAUGAUGUACACAACUCCAUGUAGCAUAUAUGUGUCAUGGUGCACAAAAAGUUGUUACUUGCACAAUUGCAUUACUUCAUGGCCAAGGAUGAAUAUAGAGCAUGAUGAAGAGUAGAGCAAUUUCUCUGACUGGAACUGGUCUAUAUUAAAUGGGUGUCUAUGACUACCAGCAACAUGGACGAAGCAAGAAUUUUUUUCAUGGCUCACUUCUAUGCUAGAUUUCUCAGUUCCAUUGGGGUCAGCCACUAUGUCAGCUCCGCCGUUGCUGUAUUCAAAACUUUAAUUUUAAUUUGUAUGCUAGAUUUCUAAUUUUUAUGUGAACCAUGCCUGCUACUAGUCCGUGUUUCCGAUUGUCUCCUUAAUUUCUAUCAUCCACGUUGACCAUAUAUGUGGGAUGGCACACACAAAGUUUUUACUUGCACAGGUGUGUUUCGUUAUGGCCAAGGAUGAAUAUAGAACAUGGCGAGGAUCGAUGCAUGAUGAGGUAUGUUUUUGUAUUUAAUGUAGUAGGGAAAUUAUUAUUCUGUGUUUUAGUAAGUUUGCUUUUUUCACUUUUCUAGAGGAAGAAUAGCACAAUUUCUCUAAUUGGAAUUUGUCUAUAUUAAAUUGGUGCCUAUGACUAUGUGUAGUUAUACAAGACCAACAUGGAUGAAGCUCUAAUUAUUUUUAUGGCUCGGCUCUAUGCUAGAGAUUUCUAACUUACAUUGGGGUCGGCUGAUCCCAAUGCCACUAUGUCAGCUUUGCCAUCCCUAACUCAAACUUUUAAUUUUAACUGGGCUGCUGCAAAAUUCUUGAUGGAAAUGAUCAAGCCCUCAAAGGUUAUCCCCUGUAACAAAGCAACCAAGAUAAAUUUAUACGAAAGGAAAAAUAGAGCACUCAUCAGGGCACAUUUCUUUAAUAACAAUGCAACAUUGACGUGUAGUCUGUAACUAAACUUGGAAGUAAUUUUUUCACAUAGUACUAUCGUCACUGUUGUACAACAUCUGCACUAUCUACGAUUGAGAUUUCAAUUUUGCACAUAUCUGUAUUUUUUCAAGUAAAAUAAAUAAUGUUACCUGUGGUUCUUUGCUAUGAUGUUCAACCAAAGGCUUUCUUGAA